AUGACUGAAUCACUAAAUGAAUUCAAACUCAGUAACAUGCCAUCUGAUGGCAUAAGUUCAGUGAAGUUUGGACCCAAUUCUAAUCAGUUUCUUCUUGUGUCAUCCUGGGAUGAGACUGUACGCCUCUACGAUGUCCAGGCAGAUAGCAUGCGCUUUAAAUACUCUCAUUCUGCUGCUGUCUUGGAUUGCUGUUUUUAUGAUGCUGUGCAUUCAUUCAGUGGUGGUAUUGAUAAAACUCUGAAGAUGUAUGAUUUCAACACCAAUACAGAUCAAAUAGUUGGUCAUCAUGAUGCCCCUAUUCGUUGUGUGGAAUAUGCACCUGAUGUCAAUCUGGUAAUUUCUGGUAGUUGGGAUUCUACUGUAAAAAUCUGGGAUCCCAGGCAUCCCAAUAUGGUGGGAAGUUUUGCACAGCCAGAUAAGGUCUAUACAAUGUCAGUGUGUGGAGAUUCUCUAAUUGUUGGUACUGCUGGAAGAAGAGUGCUCGUUUGGGAUCUGAGGAAUAUGGGAUAUGUGCAACAGAGGAGGGAGUCAAAUUUGAAAUACCAGACUCGUUGUAUUAGAAGCUUUCCGAAUAAACAAGGAUAUGUUCUCAGUUCAAUUGAAGGUAGAGUUGCUGUUGAAUAUCUUGAUCCCAACCCAGAAAUUCAGAAAAAGAAAUAUGCCUUCAAGUGCCAUAGAAUAAAAGAAAAUGGUCAGGAGCUGAUUUACCCCGUCAAUGCAAUAGCAUUCCAUAAUGGCUACAACACAUUUGCCACUGGGGGUUCUGAUGGAUAUGUUAACAUUUGGGAUGGCUUCAAUAAAAAACGUCUUUGUCAGUUUCAUAGGUAUCCAACAAGUAUUGCAUCUCUGGCAUUUAGUCAUGAUGGAAGUGUGUUGGCGAUUGCCUCCUCUUUUAUGUUUGAAUCUGAAGUUGAGAAGGUUCCAGCGCCUGAUACAGUUUACAUUAGAAAUGUUACAGACCAAGAGACUAAGCCCAAAUCAUAAUUAAUUGCAAAAUCAAAUUCACAUUGUUUGUUUUACUGUAAAUAUUUGAAUUUUUAAAAUGAUUGUAUGUUCAUUAAGUUAAAUUACAAUGUUUGGAGGAGAAAUUACUUGUCCUUCUAAAAUACUUUUUGUAUCCAUUACAUUGAUAAAUUAUAAACCUCAGUACUCAUUUUUAGAACUUUGAAAGAAUUAUUCAAUGGUUUUUUUAAAAAAAAAAAAAACAGCUGUAUAUAAUUAAUUUAGGAAUUUGUUUUAAAACUAUAGACAUUCAUCAAUGUUGUGCUACCUUUUCAUGGAGUUAAAAAUAUUUUUUAUCAAUAAUAACCAUUGGGCAAGAGGUCACCAAGCCAUUUUAUGACUUUUUUUUACAUGAUGUGCAAUCUGUAAUAAAGAAAUGUGAAGGCACAUGAAAGCUGUUAUUUUUGUCAGCAAUAGUGCUUAGACUUUGACCUAAACAGCUAACCUGGCAGAUAAACAAUAGCAAGACAGGGUCUACUGGUUUGUCUGAGCAAAGAGACUCUAAAAUGUAACAGGAUUUCAGUAUAUUUUUUUUAUAAGAACCAUAAUGUAACAGUAUCAUAAUGUUCACACAUUGGGAUCAAAGUUUGUCUUUUCUUGUGCAGCUAUCACAUUGCGAAGUUGUGUAGUAGCCUCCCAAGUUAAAGUAUGGUCUCCAUGAGUCUCACUAACUGUAAAACAUUUUUCUUAUGUAUGAAGUCAUUUAGUGAAUAAAACAAAGAAUA